AUGACUCAUUUGCAGGCAGGCCUGUCUCCAGAGACCCUGGAGAAGGCCCGAUUGGAACUGAAUGAGAACCCAGACACUCUGCACCAAGACAUCCAGGAAGUUCGGGACAUGGUGAUCACCCGACCCGACAUUGGCUUUCUUCGCACAGAUGAUGCCUUUAUUCUUCGCUUCCUGAGGGCCAGAAAGUUCCAGCAUUUUGAAGCGUUUCGCUUGUUGGCCCAAUACUUUGAGUAUCGUCAGCAGAACCUUGAUAUGUUCAAGAGCUUCAAAGCCACUGAUCCAGGCAUCAAGCAAGCACUCAAGGAUGGCUUCCCUGGAGGGUUGGCCAACCUUGAUCAUUAUGGCAGGAAGAUCCUGGUGCUAUUUGCUGCCAACUGGGACCAAAGCAGAUACACACUGGUGGAUAUUUUACGUGCCAUACUUCUUUCAUUAGAAGCCAUGAUUGAGGACCCAGAACUUCAAGUAAAUGGAUUUAUUUUGAUUAUAGACUGGAGCAAUUUCACUUUCAAACAGGCUUCUAAACUGACACCAAGUAUGCUUCGAUUAGCCAUAGAAGGCCUUCAGGACAGUUUCCCAGCGCGAUUUGGAGGAAUUCAUUUUGUCAAUCAGCCAUGGUACAUUCAUGCCCUUUAUACAGUUAUACGUCCGUUUUUAAAGGAGAAGACAAGGAAGAGGAUAUUUCUCCAUGGAAACAACCUCAACAGUCUGCACCAGUUGAUUCAUCCUGAAAUUCUUCCUUCUGAAUUUGGAGGAAUGCUUCCACCUUAUGACAUGGGCACAUGGGCAAGAACACUGCUAGAUCACGAGUACGAUGAUGACAGUGAAUAUAGUGUGGAGUCCUAUAACACAUCUGCAAAAGAAGUUGAAAAGGAGCUCUCACCCAAAUCCAUGAAGAGGUCUCAAUCUGUUGUGGACCCCGGAGUGCUCAAGCGCAUGGAUAAAAAUGAAGAAGAAAACAUGCAGCCAUUGCUUUCACUUGACUAG